CGCAGGUGAUUAUAACAAAGUUCCCCUUUAUACCCGCCUUUGAUUCUUCUUUCUUAAAUCUCUAAACCCUUUUGCCGUCUCUCUAAAACCCUAAUUCUCAUUUUUGGGGUUUCACAUUUCAUCUUCAUCGCCAAAACCCAUCACUCUCUAUCAAAUCUGAAAAUGAUUAGCACAGUACUUCGCCGAUCUUUCCUUGGUACGUCAAGGCGUACUCUCGCCGCUUCAGUGACCUCCAUUAACGCGGCUCUAUUUCAUAACCUUGCUCCAGCCGCCGCCAACACAGCCACAGUCUCCGAUCUAGCAAAUGGAGCUACCAAUGUUAAGUCUCUCCCUCUGAAUUCGAACCCGUUUGGUGUUAAAGGGAGAGACUUUCAUGUUAAAUCUGUACCGUCGGAGUUUAGAUCGUCGAUUGUUUCAACUGCGGGGUUCGCGGCUCAAGAGUACGCUCCUUCGUAUGAGAACAGCGAUGGAGGGAUUGGUGAUUCGGAGAGUAUUGGUAGUAGCAGUGGUGGUGAUGGGCUUGCGAUAUCUGAGCUCGGAAUAUCUCCGGAGAUUGUUAAAGCUUUGAAGGGUAGGGGUAUUGAGAGACUCUUUCCUAUUCAGAAAGCUGUGUUGGAGCCAGCGAUGCAAGGUCGUGAUAUGAUUGGUCGUGCAAGGACUGGAACAGGAAAGACUCUUGCUUUUGGGAUUCCUGUCAUUGAUAAAAUCAUCAAAUUCAACGCUAAACAUGGUCGUGGGAAGAAUCCUCAGUGCUUGGUUUUGGCACCGACUAGGGAACUUGCUCGUCAGGUUGAGAAGGAGUUUAGGGAAUCUGCUCCAAGUUUGGAUACUAUUUGUCUCUAUGGAGGUACUCCGAUCGGGCAGCAAAUGAGGGAGCUUAACUAUGGUAUUGAUGUGGCGGUUGGAACUCCAGGUCGUAUCAUUGAUCUGAUGAAAAGAGGAGCUUUGAAUUUAUCAGAGGUUCAGUUUGUGGUUCUGGAUGAAGCUGAUCAGAUGCUUCAAGUUGGAUUUGCCGAGGAUGUUGAAAUAAUAUUGCAGAAGUUGCCAGAGAAACGUCAGAGUAUGAUGUUUUCUGCAACAAUGCCGAGUUGGAUCAGAUCUCUGACCAAGAAGUACCUGAAUAAUCCUUUGACAAUUGAUCUUGUUGGAGAUUCGGAUCAGAAACUUGCAGAUGGAAUUACAAUGUAUUCUAUCGCUGCAGAUUCUUAUGGAAGAGCAUCCAUCAUUGGUCCUCUUGUAAACGAACAUGGCAAAGGAGGAAAGUGUAUUGUCUUUACCCAAACAAAACGGGAUGCGGAUCGCCUUGCAUAUGGAUUGGCGAAAAGCUUCAAAUGUGAAGCUUUACACGGUGACAUAUCCCAAGCUCAGAGAGAAAGAACACUUGCUGGUUUCAGGGAUGGGAAUUUCAAUAUUCUUGUUGCAACUGAUGUUGCUGCCCGUGGACUUGAUGUACCUAAUGUCGAUUUGGUAAUUCAUUAUGAGCUUCCUAAUAACACUGAGACGUUUGUUCACCGAACGGGGCGAACAGGUCGUGCUGGAAAGAAAGGAAGCGCGAUCCUCAUCCACGGUCAAGAGCAAUCUAGGGCUGUUAAAAUGAUUGAGAAAGAAGUCGGAAGCAGAUUCAAUGAGCUCCCUAGCAUUGCGGUGGAACGUGGAAGCGCAAGCAUGUUUGAAGGAGUAGGUGCUAGAUCUGGUGGGUCCUUUGGAGGAGGUCGUUCAGGCGGUGGUUAUGGUGGUUACGGUAGCAGCAGUGGCCGCUCAGGUGGUGGUGGUGGUAGUUACGGAGGAUAUGGUGGCAGCAGUGGCCGUUCAGGUGGUGGUGGUGGUAGUUAUGGAGGUUCAGGGGGAUCAAGCAGCCGUUACUCUGGUGGUUCAGACCGCUCAUCUGGUUUCGGAGGCUUUGGUUCAGGCGGUUCAGACCGUUCUUCAGGAGGAUUUGGUUCUUCUCAGUCAAGUGGGAGGAGCAGCUUUGGUGGGUUUGGAUCAAACGAUGGUAAAAGAUCUUACUGAGAGAAGUGUUGGGUGGGUUUUAACCCGACCCGGCAAUAAUGGAGUUGACUUAGG